ACUAUCACUAUGGGCAGGAUAAUUUUCUAUGAAGACCGCAACUUCCAGGGUCGGUCCUAUGAGACCAGCAGCGACUGUGUCGACCUCUCCUCCUACCUGAGCCGCUGCAGCUCCACCAGGGUGGAGAGUGGCUGCUUCAUGGUCUACGAGCGCCCCAACUUCAUGGGAACCCAGAUGUUACUCAGAAGGGGGGAGUAUCCUGACAACCAACGCAUGAUGGGAACCAGCAUGAGCGACUGUGUUAAGUCCUGCCGCAUGGUUCCCAUGCACAGAGGACCCUUCAGUAUGAGGAUCUACGAGAGGGAGAACUUCGGGGGCCAGAUGCACGAGCUGACGGAGGACUGCGAGUCGAUCCAGGACCGUUUCCGUAUGUCCAACUGCCAGUCCUGCCACGUGAUGGAUGGCCACUGGCUCCUGUAUGAGCAACCCCACUACAGGGGCAGGAUGAUGUACCUGAGGCCUGGGGAGUACAGGAGCUUUAGGGACAUGGGAAUGGAAUCCAUGAAAUUCAACUCCAUCCGGCGUAUUCUGGACUCCUGCUAG